UGGAUUAGUGCCAGCAUGAAGCUUCUACUGGUGUUGCUGUCGGUUUACAUUCUUACUUUUUGCUUGGCUGAACGCCGGAGGUUCGACAACUACAGGGUUUACAGAGUGAACCCAACGAAGGCGAUUCAAUUGGAGGGACUGCGACCUUUGGAGGGCAGAAGCGAGGAUGCUUUGAUUUUGAACAACCUCCAUCUUGGCCCCACUGAUUUCCUAGUAGCUCCCGGCUACGUCCAAACCUUUUUGGAACUUCUCAAAGGCUUGGACCUUGCUCCCGAACUCAUCGACAACAAUGCCCAAGUCAGUUUGUCCCUGGAUAUAGAGCCCGUGGCGGAUGCAAAUCGCCGCAGUGAUGAUUACUCCUGGACGGAAUACCACGAGCUUAACGACACCCAUCGCUGGCUGCAGAAUCUGGUGGGCAAGUACCCGGAUAUUGUCAGUGUCUUUGUGGCGGGACAGAGUUACGAGGGACGAGAGCUGUUGGGUCUGAAAAUUAAUCACAUCGAUGGCAGGGCGGACAAGCAGUCCAUCUUCUUGGAGGCUGGAAUGCAUGCAAGGGAGUGGAUUGGUCCUGCCACAGCCACGUACUUCAUCAACGAACUACUGACCUCCCAGCAGCCGAAGAUCAAGGGUCUGGCCAGAUCCUAUGUGUGGUACAUACUGCCCCAUGCGAACCCGGAUGGUUAUGUCUACACCCACAAAACGAAUCGCAUGUGGCGCAAGACGCGAAGUCCACAGGACAAUAACUGCAUUGGGACGGAUCCGAACCGAAACUGGGACUUCCACUGGCGGGAGGUGGGUGCCAGUUCUGAUCCCUGCUCGGAGUCAUAUGCCGGACCCAAGGCGUUUUCCGAACGCGAAGUGGAGACCCUCUCGCAGUACCUUCGGUCCCUGCCGGAACCCAUGUUCAUGUACCUCUCGCUGCACUCGUUCUCCCAGCUGCUGCUAUAUCCCUAUGGUCACACAUCCACGCUGCCGGAAAAUCAUAGGGAUUUGGAACAGAUCUUCAAUGCAGCAGUGGGUGCAGUGAGGCGGCGUUAUGGAACUCGUUAUACGGGAGGCAAUGUCUACGAUGCGAUCUAUCCGGCGGCUGGUUCUAGCAUGGAUUGGGUCUACGGGGAGCUCAAUGUGAAGUACUCCUUUACCUACGAGCUGCGUCCCUCUGGCUACAGUUUCUGGACCGGCUUUAGACUACCCGCCUCCCAAAUAGUACCAACUGGACAGGAGACCACGGAUUCGUUGGUGCAGAUGAUCAAAACAGCUGCUCAAAUUGAGGGUUAUAAAAUUCAAUUCGGAGUGUUCUUAUCGAUGGCCUAUAAAAGGAGGUGGUGUAGUCGUUGGUGGCUCAAAGCAACGACGACCAUGUCGCUGACGAAGUGCCUCCUCUUCACCCUGCUGGCCAUCGUGGCCAGCGUGUCCGCCGAGCGGGUUCGCUACGACAACUACCGCAUGUACAAGGCCAGCUCGGAGAACGCCAAGCAGCUGGCGGUGCUGAAGGAGCUGGAGGGAUCCAGCGACUCGAUCCUCUUCCUGGACGGAGUCCACCUGGUGGGCGCCGAUGUCAAGAUCGUGGUGGCACCCCACAAGGUGCCCGACUUCCUGGAGAUUCUGGGCAAGGCGGAGAUCAAAUACCAGCUGCAGUCGCGCGACUUGCAGAAGUCGCUAGACGAGACCGACGAGAAGGUGGCCAUCAAGGGACGCGCCACCAGGGCCAGCUACAACUGGGCCGAGUACUACGAGCUGGACGACACCUACGCCUGGAUGCAGUCGCUGGCCCAGAAGAACCCCGGCGUGGUCACGCUCAUCGAGGGCGGCAAGACCUACCAGGGACGCUCCAUCCUGGGCGUGAAGAUCACCAGGGGGGGAGCCAACAAGCCCGGCAUUUUCCUGGAGGCCGGCAUCCAUGCCCGCGAGUGGAUCGCCCCGGCUGCCGCCACCUACAUCAUCAACCAGCUGCUGACCUCCGAGGUGGCAGCCGUCAAGGAGCUGGCCGAGAACUACACCUGGUACGUCCUGCCCCACGCCAAUCCCGAUGGCUACGUCUACACCCACACCACGGACCGCCUGUGGCGCAAGACCCGCACUCCGUACGGCAGCUGCUUCGGCGCCGAUCCCAACCGCAACUGGGGCUUCCACUGGAACGAGGUGGGCGCCAGCAGCAAUGCCUGCACCGACACCUACGCCGGACCCUCGGCCUUCUCCGAGAUCGAGACCCGCUCCCUGUCCAGCUACAUCGCCUCGCUGAAGGGCAAGAUCCAGCUGUACAUCUCCCUGCACGCCUACUCCCAGUACCUGCUGUACCCCUACGGACACACCGCUGACCUGCCCGACAAUGUGGGAGACUUCGAGAAAGUCUUCAACGCCUCCAUUGCCGCCGUGAACAAGCGCUACGGCACCAAGUACACUGGCGGUAACAUCUACGAUGCCAUCUAUCCGGCGGCCGGAGCUAGCGUGGACUGGGCCUACGGCACCCAGGAUGUGCGCAUGUCCUUCUGCUACGAGCUGCGUCCGUCCUCAAACAACUUCAUCACCGGCUUCAAGCUCCCCGCCGCGCAGAUCGUACCCGCCAGCGAGGAGCUGCUCGACUCCAUUGUGGCCAUGGCCGCCGAGGUCAAGAGCCUGGGCUACUUCGACUAGUCGACUAGUCGUGCAAUAAAGUACUCACAGUUUUACGGCAUAA